UCAGGCACAUACAAAAAUGUUUGCUCUUCGUAUGUCUUUGGUGAUCUUGGUCGCCGAUGUAUGGGCAAAAACGCCCUUCAUGAGCGAGUAUGAGUUUUCCCGCCGAAGAGAUGAGUUGAUCAGGGAAGAGAGAGAAUAUGCUGGGCACCUAAGGGAGCUGACUGCAGACGAAAAAAUUGUCGACAACUACUUAGAAUAUCUCAAAUGGCAAGAAUUCAUAGCUACAGAGGACAAAUUCUUACCCUCGGUAGGAUUGGAAGGAGUCCUUGAUGAUAUUGUAAACUCCAAAGUUUUCAAGACUUUGAAGAAAUUCCCAAAAGGUGGAAACAUGCAUCUGCAUGAAAAUCAUAUCCUCAGCAAAAAGAAAAUGCUUGACAUCGUCUUUGCCUCCGAAGACUUUGAGCACCUCCAUGUCGCUGUGGAUGUACCGGAAUCUAAAAAAUGGCGUCUGGAUUUCUUCCUUAACCCACCGGCAGGUUGGGAAAAAGUGAAAGGCAAUCCAAAAUAUACCAAAGAAAAACUUCUGCCGCAUAUGACCAUGAUGGGAUCAAUGACAGAGUUUGCUAAAGUUAACCCCACGAACAGCGCACGGAGAUGGGAAGAGAUGGACCCCAUGUUUAGCAGACUGGGGUCAAAGGUCAUCGCCAACGUAAACAUUAAAUUUAAAUAUCUAGAGAGUUACCUGAAGGCAGCGUUGGAAGAGAACGUACAAUAUCUCGAGGCACGGUCUUCAAUCUCCAGCCGACUGUACACCCUAGACCCCGACCCGAAAUAUAACUCCACAGGCGGCAAGAGGUACAUAGAUGAAACUGGGGGAGAAUACGAGCUUCAAGAAAAUAUCAAAUUCAUCGAAGGGUUCGUCAAAAAGAAUCCCGAGUUUAUUGGGAUGCGGAAGAUCGUGAACUCUUACCGGGGUGCCUCCGUGAGCGAGAUGUAUGGCGACAUGGAGAAGGCUGUGCGUUUGUAUCAUAAGUACCCCAGCUACAUUGGUGGUUUCGACAUGGUAGGGGAAGAGGACAAAGGCAACUCCCUCCUUUAUUUCAUGAAUGACUUUAUGAAGAUGUAUGAUAAUACCACAGGUAAAAGCCUUGUUCCGUUUUACCUGCAUAAUGGCGAAACCAACUGGCCUGACGAUUUGGAGUCCUCCACGAACAAAAAGGACCCCGUAGGAACUCUCCAGAACACAUACGAAGCCGUGCUACUCGGUGCCAAACGUGUCGGCCACGGGCUGGGCUUCUUUAAGCACCCUUAUCUUUUAAACAAACUGAAAGAGCACCAGACUGCCAUUGAAAUUUGCCCUGCCAGUAACCAGUUGCUUGGUUACGUCCCCGACUUGCGAAAUCAUCCUGCCAAUAAUUUUAUUCGAAUGGGCGCGCCCGUGAUUCUUGGUGCGGAUGACCCUGCGACUUUUGGCUAUGACCAUUUCACUGUAGAUUGGUACGAAGCGUUCAUGGGGUGGGGGCUUCGCCUUCAGGAUUUGAGGCACCUUGCCAUCAAUUCACUCAAGUAUAGCACCAUGCCGAAGGAAGACAUAAAUGCUGCCAUAAAGGAUAAAUGGGAACCAGCGUACCAAAGAUUUAUCGCCGACAUAAAGAAAGAGGCAUGUGCCGUAGAUUUCGACGCCUCGACCAAUGCUCCAGCAAUCUCCAGAAUCGCUCCUCGUGAAGGUCCUAUGAAGCGGUCUACCAAAGUGUACGUGUUCGGUCGGAACUUCGAGGAAGGUAUCUGCAAGGGCGUGCGCUGCAAGUUUGGUAAUGCCGUCGUCCCUGGGUCUUACAUUUCUGGGCAGCACGUUUCUUGUAAUGUGUCGGGGUUGCGACGAAGAAAUAGAAAGGGUGCCGGAAAAUCAAAGGCAGUGGGUGUUGCAGUGUCUGUGGACGGUGGUGCCACCUAUAUUUCAUAUGACGGCCAGUUCACCUUUGUUCGCAACCUGUGAGUGAUGCAAAAAUGACUAUUUCGAAUGAUUUAUUUCACCUUUCAAGCGGACUGAAUAUUAGAAUUGACAGUAACGGAACGCAUUUUAUGCCUGACUUAUGAGCUAAGCUAAAUCUUA